CUGCAGACUAACAUUAUCAUGGCUAUCAGCGCGCCUGAUUUCGUAGAAAGGUUGCGACUGAAGCACUCGCCAAGAACUCAUUCACAACACUGUGAGGAAAGAUUGCAAAAUUAUCUAUGGAGAACAGCGACAUAAACGGGUUAAUCCCCGCAUCUUCUCUGACAGCAUCUGCGCUCGAAGACAUGGAAUCUGAGCACUUUUCGCCUUAUAGAGCAGAUGGAAAGCUAUACGGUUUUGUUUGUGUGGUCACAGGAGCUAAUUUGCCUGUGGGAAACGCUAUUAUUGCUGAGUUGGCCGCUCACGGUGCAGCAUGCGUGUAUGCUUGCUCAGAUGACGUCCAGGAUGAUCCUACUUCCCUUGCUGCCGAGAUCAAUAAAAGGUUCCCGAACACAAGAGUUAUUGGAUAUCCAUUUAAGGUCGCAGAUGAAGUCGAGACCCUAGCUUUGGUCGACGAUGUCUUAAACCAAUGGGGUAGACUCGAUGUGUGGGCCUGUUCGUCCGGUCUGCUCGGCCCUGCCUCUAUUUCAGAGACGUCGCCUGCAGAUUUACAGAAAUGCUUUGAAUCCAACUCAUUAGCCCCUUUUCUAGCAUUAAAGUACGCUCCCGCUGCUAUGCUCAAAACGACUUCCAAAGGCAACUAUCCCAAUGCGGCACCUAAGGACGUUCCGUAUGGUAGCAUUAUUGUGGUUUCAUCUGUAGCAUCGAGUUACGGUGGUUGCUGGGGUCCUGCGUACACCAUGAGCAGUCACGCUGCGCUUGGCGUCGUUAGAGCCGGAGUGCCUACAUUGAAAGGGACAGGGAUUAGAAUUAAUUGUAUAAGUGCAGGGCAGAUCGACGUUGGCGUCAGCUUGGAUGGAUUUGACAUGCGAGGAAUGUCUGCUCAAUUCCCCCCAGCAAGCUUGCAAUCUUCUAAGGUGCAAAAGCAACAAAUCGGUCUCGAGCGUGCAGGACUACCAAUUGAAGUUGGCAAAGUAGCCGGGUUUUUGGCAUCGGGUUUCAGCUCCUACGUUACAGGAGCGAACAUUGUAGUUGACGGUGGUGCUGUAAUUAUGAACCCAUUGACCGUACCAUUGUGAAUGGCAAAUGUUGUUGACAUUGAAAUCACGUAUCGAUGGC